AGUGUCCAGUGGCUGCGCUGCUCCUUUCCCGCCACAGGGCGGCAGCACCGCGUCAUUUCCGUCCAUCAGCUGUUGAUGAUCUGCAGCUGAUCAGAGGAUAUUUCACUUCAGCUGCUUCUUUUCCUCCAAACUCCGCUUUCAUCCGCAGCUUCCGGUCGGUCUCUGUCUCCGCUGCUGGACGUCGGUACCGGACCGGUUCGUCCGUCCGAGCAGCGGCUCUGAUCCGGUUCCUCUGAUGCUGUUGCGUUCUGACGCACCAAGAACCGCCUGAUUCAUUCCGAGGCGACAAGUUCGGUGUCGCAGCCCGAUGACCAGGACCAGGACCAGGACAGGACCCAGGACCAGGACAGGGACCAGAACCAGGACAGGGACCAGAACCAGCAUGUGAGCCGGAGCUGCUCAGACGGAUUAAAUUUGUGUUUUUUUUUAUUUUCAUGCUAGCUGAUUUCUGUCCUCCCUCCUCUGGACCGGACCUGCAGCAGAACCUUAGUGUUCCGGUGGUGUUCUGGUCGGUUCCUGGUCCGGAUCGAACCUCCGUGACGCCGCUGAACGCAGCUCGUCGCCGCUGCGCCAUGCGUCAAACCAAACCGGACCGGAUCCCGGAGCGGAGCGUUUAACGGACACGGACCGGGUUUAGUCCUUCUGGUUCCAGCUGAUUGAAACUUUUCCGGUUCCUCUCUGGUUCCUCCGUGGAUUUUGUCCAUGAAGCGUCUCCGCGGGUGAUUUUUACACUUCCUGUGGAUUUGUUUGACGAUGUGGACACCGACGGAGGACGAGAAGAUCGGAGUCGUGAUCUGCAGCUUCCGAGGCUCGGUGGUUCAUGGUUUGGCUCUGGAGGUCGGAGAGACGGUUCACAUCCUGGAGAAAUGUGAAGGUUGGUACAGAGGAUUCUCCACCAGGAGGCCAAACGUUAAGGGGCUUUUUCCUUCCACCUACGUCCAUCUGAAGAAGGCCGUGGUCACCAACAGAGGGCCUCAUGAGACGGUGGUUCCUCUGGAGGAUCCCAUCGUCACCGAGGUGACGUCAACGCUGCAGGAAUGGGCCUUAUUGUGGAAGCAGCUCUACGUGGUGAGAAGCAGUUUUAUUUUUCAGUCUGCAGCUCUACAUCUUAGUGGAACGUCAAACACCAGCAGCUGCACCUCACGGAGUUUAUAAAUCUA